AUGGCUUCGAAGAAAAAAUUUGCGCAAAUUGAAAAUAAUCAAAUUUCCGAAGAUGUUGAUGAAAAAAUUUAUGCAUUUGGUAAAAAAUUCAAACACACAUUAGACAGUGAUGAAGAAGAUGAUGAAAUUGGAGCAGAAAAAUAUAAUGUUCUGGAUGAUGAUGCUAUCGAAGGAACUGAAAGACCAACAAUCGAAUUCGAUGGCGAAAUCAAAAUUACUCCGUUCAAUAUGGAUGAAGAACUCGAAACUGGUCAUUUCGAUAAAGAAGGCACAUAUAUUUUUGAUAAAGAAAAUGACAUUCGUGAUAAUUGGCUUGAUAAUAUCAACUGGAAUGUAGUAAAGCCAACAACCUCGAAAACAGUUAAAAAAGAAAAGAAUACUGAUAAUGAUUCAUCUAGCGAUGAUGAAAAAGAAAUAACUAUCAGCCAAGAAAAUAUAAAAGAAUUUUAUAAACAGAUCCUAGAUUUAAUUCAACCAGGAGAAUCGGUUCGAAAAGCGAUACAACGUUACGGAAAGCUUUGUAAUGCUGAACGUAAAGGUCAGAAACGUAAAAUCAAUUCAAAUGUAGCUGCCAACCAACAAUCGACAAUCAUUAGUGAAGCCAAAGAGAAAAUGAUGAAAUUAAUUUCGAUUGCCGAUCAAAUUCUUCAAACAGGUGAUAUGGACAUUUAUGAACGAACAUAUGAACAAUUUAAGCUACAAUUGAAUAAAAUCGAUGAUGCAGAGUCAAAACAAUCAUCCGAUAAUAAUGAUGACAUGUUUAGCGAUGAUUUUAAUGAUAAAAAAGCAUCCACUUCCAAAGUAAUGACAUCUUUUGAUGAAACGAAAACCUGUUGGGAAUACAAAUGGGAAGAUAAAGAUGAUGCCCAAACAUAUGGGCCAUAUACCACUGAAGAAAUGUUGACUUGGACGAAUCAAGGUUACUUUGAUCAAGGUGUUUUCGUUCGACGUACCGAUUCAACUGAUGCUGGAUUCUAUAGUUCGAAAAGAAUCGAUUUUGAAUUAUAUAUCUGAUUUUAUUUGUUUUUUAUUUAUUAUAACAUUUUCAUAUGUUUGCAUGAACAGAUGUUGGAGAAAAAUUAAGAUCAUUGGAGAAAAAAAAUCAGUAUUGAAAAAAAUUA